GGAGCGCGUUUCAAACAUUUACAUUAAAUUAAUUUUGGUUUUUCAAGCGCACGUUACGUUCUCACCCUUAUUUACAUACUCGUAUCGAAGUGCUGCUAUCUGCUAUCAGGACUAUUUUUGUUAGAAAUUUAGAACCAUGUGUUCUCUUUAUUGGCAGCAUUUAUAUUUACGGCGCACAGGUCUGACAUGGCUUCGGGCUCGGUUGGUGGAGAUGCAGCAUCAGUCUUCUAUCUUCUAAAAUCAUCCGGGAAAGUUUUCUCGGUAAAGCGUGGAAAUAUUACGGAUGUCCUGACUUCCGCGAUCCAGAUCAAGUGCUUGGCAUUUGGUGGACAGGCACCCGAAGUACUGUAUGGAAUUGGAGCUGAUCUGAAGGCUUAUGUAUGGGUUAGCGAACCAUUAGUGCCAAUCUGUCGCACGGUGGAAAUCUACCAGAAUGAACGGUGGACCCCAGCGAGAGGCUAUUCAAAUGCACUGCUGCCUACAGACAGGUAUCAGUGGUCGGAUGAGAGCGGAAGAACUGAGCGUGGAAAGGACGAUACACAGUUACCGACAUCAGAUUGGACUUGGGAGACAGCGCGCUGGCAGAUAGACGAGAAUUUCCACGGUGUUCUGCUCGGUCCUGAAGGUUGGACAUACGCCAUUGACUUUCCCUCGACGUACUAUCCUGAAAAGCGAUGGAAUCACUAUGUGCGCCGUCGCCGUUGGACACGGACAUGCCGUUACCGUGCCACCAACCGCUGGAUUCCUUUAACAUGGACCGAUCUCGCGGAUGUCAGCCUGGCCUUGAUGGACAUUUCCGCUGGAGGAUGCGACACGUCUGCCCACAGCACGCGAAGUAUCUUCCUAUGGGCUGUCACUAUCAACGGCCAGGUGAUCGUCCGCCGCAACUGCAGUCUCGCCUCCGCUUUCCACGGGGAUGCAUGGGCAUACAUCGAUCUUCCCGACGGGGUGGAGGCGGCAAGGAUAUCCGUUGGCCCCGGUGAGAUGGUGUGGGCCGUCACCUCCAACGGGAAGGCGUUGAUGCGCAGCGGCAUCAAUCGGGAUCGGCCUCACGGAGCGUCGUGGGUGUUGGUGGAAGCGCCUUCGACGACCUCAUUAUUAACGCAGAUUGCCGUGGGAACGGAGAGUGUCUGGGCGGUGGCGAAAGACGGCUCGGUGUGGUUUCGGCAAGGCAUGCGGACGAGUCAACCCCAUGGAACAACGUGGGUGCACAUUGCUAGUAUGUCGGCGGUUUGUGUGACCAUAACGCGCAAUGGGGAGGUUUUCGCCAUCAGCAACGAUAAUCAGAUUUAUUGGCGACACGGAAUCGGAUUAGGAGAUCCGCAUGGAAAAGGUUGGAAGAAAAUAUCUUUGAAAAUAAAAGAAGAAUCGCAGAAUCAGGAAACUGAAAACCAGGACCCAUGGACAUGGAUUAGCGGGACUGCCGGAUUUGUUGAUGCGCGUACUACGUCGUUUGACGAUGAGAAUGCUUGGCGGAAAAAUAUUCUGGGUUUGUUGUCACUACGGUUUCAGAAUGAGAUGCAAAAUUACGAAAAAAUGGAGCCGGCUAUUGACCGCGUUGAUAACGAUGAAGCGAGUGAUGCAGGAUUUUUGAAAGUGUGGUCUAACAAAAUGUCUACCUGGGAGCAGUGCUUUUUCCAAGUUCGGUAUUCCCAGGAAGCCGAUCCAGCCGAUUGCUCCAUUACUGUGGAUGGUGGCACCACCAAGCUGCUGAUUCCAUUUUUCGAUAUCACGGGAAUAUGCCUUCAUCUUGAUACAAAAGGAGACCAUCAGCUACAAAUAUCGACAGCGUUUCUCACUCGCGCGCAGACACCGUUACGGUUGUCCGGAUUAAAAUCAGAAUUAAUGCUUUGGAAUACUUAUUUAGCAGAAUCGUAUCUGAGCUUCUUGGAUGUACGAGAAAUUCAGAAAAGGGACCGCUUAUGGAUUCUGGCUGCGGGUGUCAGCUGCCCGUUGGUGAGUUUUAACACUUCCGAAGCGCUGCCAUCGGUGAAAUGGCUAACGUUAGGAGGCCACUUCCGGUCGGUUGAAUCAGCAUCGGGGAUUACGUGGGCGCUGGGGAUGGAUGGGCGAACCUGGGUUUGGACGGGCAGCUAUGAAGGCAAAACGGGAAUGGAGAAGAAAGUUCAGGUGGACACACAUCGUGUGGAGCUGUACGAAAAUCAGCGAUGGAAUAUACUAAUGGGGUUUUGCGACAAGUUGUUGCCUACAGAUAGAUAUACUUGGUCAGAUGAGACCGGAAGGAUGCAGUUGUCGAUGGAUGCAUUUCAGUUGCCCUCUAAUUUAUGGAAAUGGGAUUCCGAAUGGCAGAUUGACUAUCGAAACGGUGAUGAGAAUGGCUGGGAAUAUGCAUUCGAUUUCCCAUCUUCCUUUCACUCCUCAAAAGGAUCCAACGACUACGUGCGUCGACGGCGUUGGUUUCGUCUGAUGAAAGUUGAUUGUACCGGGCCGUGGUUUCCAGGUCCAAACACUCCCUUGCGCUCCGUCUCGAUCUGUCCGGGAGUCGCUUCUGGGAAUUAUGUUUCUUUAUGGGCGGUGACGGUCGACGGUAGCGUUUUAGUGCGAGAUCAUGUGUCCACGAAAAAUCCUUUGGGUGAUACAUGGAUUCCCGUGCGCUCUCCCGUGGCUUUUGUAAACAUUUCCGUUGGUCCGUUUUGUGUGUGGGGCGUCGGGGCGGAUGGAACGGCAUACGUGAGAAACGGAACUAAGGAUAAGCUGGAUGGACUGUACUGGUUUCAGGUGGAGAAACCGGAAAGCGGAGCGAAUAUUCGACAAGUGGCUGUUGGAGGCGAUUCGGUAUGGGCUGUGUGUACGGAUGAUCAGGCGUACUUUCGCAAAGAAUACAGUGCGGCCUUUCCGGAAGGCACAGAAUGGGAACUGGUUGCUGAUGGUGUGCGGAAGAUCUCCGUUAGUAUGGAAGAUGACGUGUAUGCCAUUCUGUACAGCACUAGCCAGAAAUUACCUAUUCUAGCCAAAAGAACCGGGAUUACCCAUGGAAAUAAAAUGGGCGUUGGAUGGGAAUAUGGACUUCAUGCCAAAGAUAUUUCUUGUCGUAAUUUGGAGAGGAGAUAGCUGAUUUUUAUUGUUUGCACAAUGUGUUUUGUAUUGAUUUGUUCUGAUUUUUAUUUCUUGUUCUUUAGAUUGUGAUAAGUUAUUCGUUCUUUCUGUAACGAUGUUUUCCGUUUUUUUAACCUGAUGCGAGAAAUAUCCUAUAUAUAAUUGUAGUUCAGAUGCAUCAAACUUUACAAAGGCAAUAUAAAUUGUAAGCGGUCA